GACUUUCUAUCAAAUAAUUAUAGUUUUGUUAAAUAUAUUUGAUAACUGUAUCUCAUACAAUUUCUAUAUUCAUUUACAAAUUGCUACUGUUAUCGUGCAGUUAUGGCAUAUUUUAAGGAAAACGCGAAUUGUUCUUUGAGGAUAUUAUUAAAGUCUACUACUCACUAAUCAUAGAUUUUCCUUGUGCACAGGCAAGCAGUUUGUCUAAUACUAAUAAUAAUUUCGUAAAGCAAAUGGCUCGAGUGUUAGUUUACGUGCGGCCCGUUUAUGCAAUCUCCAUGGAUAUAAAAUUGGACAACAAAAUGGACCCUUCUGACUAUGCAAUAAGAAUAAAAGAAGAGCCAAUCGAUCCGGAGAUCUGCGAUGAUUUGUCGCCAGUUGAUACGAAUACAGGGAAUGAAAAUGAAACAGCGACGUUUAAAGGUGAAUCUUCGGAUGACGUUUAUUCUGAAUAUGAAGAAUCCGCGUUUCCUCAAGAAAGUACGUAUCUAGAAAAUAAGAAAUCGGAUCCUGAUAAACGAAAAAGUAAACAUAAAGUACCUUCAAACAACAGAAGAAGUUGCAACGUUUGUUUGUUAACUUUUCGAACUAAAUAUUUAUUUGAUCAGCAUAACAAAUUAUAUACCUGUAAUGUAUUUAAGUGUAAUAAUUGCACUGCAAUUUUCACUAUGCAUAUUUACUUGAUACGUCAUUUAAAGAGGCAAUGUCGUACGAAACAAUUGUCUGGGUAUAGAUGUAAUUUUUGUAGCCGAAGGUUUUCCUAUAAAAGACAUAUCCAAUCUCAUUUAUUCCAUGCGCAUGGGAACGCAAUAUUUUCUGGUGAAAGCAAAAUCACGAAAACAUCUCCUGAAUCGUUAGAAAAGUCCAAUCAUUCGGAUGGUAUAGCCAUGGCAGAAUCAAAUACUUCACACAGUCCCUGCCCAAAAAACGUAGAUAGCUCAAAAAAUAUAUCUUUGAUACCAUCUAAUAGUUUAAACAGUACACCCACCAAGGGUUCGAGCAGCAAUAUCAAGACUACGCACCCGAAAUGGUUAAACGAUUCGCAUGGUACACCUUCGAAAAGGAUGAAGCAGACCGUCCUUACAGACUUCAUAUCGACGUACAAAGACAAACCGAAUGACAAAUGGAUUAGCCCGGAAAAUUUUAUCGAUACGAAGAAUAUUCCUGUUACUGCGACUAUUAUUCCAACUUCAACGCUUGACACAUUUAGUAACAAGACAUCAAAGGCUGCAGAAGUUAUUCAGGUGUCUACUUCUGUUGAGCGAAACGAAUCUCCUGUUAGGAAACGACCAUUUGUUCAAACUCAUGUGAAUUUAAAAACAAUGAUAUCUUUAUUAAGGAACGAAAUAAAAGCUGAACCUGGAAGCUCUAAUACCUCGCACAGUACGCCUUACAACCUUAGGUCAGUGAAAAGACCUUCUUUAUAUGAUUUUUACGAUUUAUUGCAGUUUGAGACCUUUGGAAGAUCAAGACAAUCUUUUAAAAGAAACAAGUUCCCCUAUAUAUUUGACCAAAGUAGAAGAUCUGCACCUGAAGCCAAGUAUAAAGAAUGCGUGGUCCGUUUGGAGAAAUGCGACAAAUUCUUGGAGCCAACUAGUUUUGUGUCAAGCGAAGACGAAGACGAAAACGAAAAGGAAAACGAAAACGAAGAUGCUUUCAAGCAAGCAGUAUCGAAAGAUGUGAAAGAGGAAUUUGAAGGUUUUCGUGAAACAAGCUCGACAUGUAACUUGCCUUUGAAAGCUGACACGAUUGCAUCAAAGCGAUUCAGUGAAUUUGUAAAAUCUUUCGCUGAUAGAUUAAUCGUACCUCAACAAGAAUCGGUUGAAUUUCAGAAGAACAUUAAAGUCUAUCAGCAAAAAAUAAUUCAAUGUCAUAUUUGUAAAAAAUCGUUUUCUUCGAAGGAGAACCUGCACGAGCACAUGAAAUUGUUCCAUACGAUUUACAUUUCGAGCAUAUGCAACGCGCGUUACACGUCCAUGUAUAAAUUACUAACUCAUUAUCUACGUCAGCAUAUUGUGUUUAAACGAAGAGAAUGUUGCGUGUGUUAUGAGAAGUUUGACACGUCGGCAUUGUUGAAACGACACAUGAUUUUGCACUGUUUGAAGACCAUAAGAUCAAAAAAGGACGCUUCACCGGUUGAUGUUGAAAUAAAUUGCAAUGCAUUCAAGAAACAACACAAAUGCAAAGGUUGUCGCAAACGAUUUUGGCUAUACUCAUGUUUGAAACAACACGAGAAUGUAUGUCGUCGAAUGAAAGUCUUACAAAAUAAACAACGUGUACCUUAUGUAAACCACUUGUCUCGGUCCUUGAAAGAACCAAGUGACAUGGAACUCGGCAUAGCACAGUCGCCUGAUUUGGAACAAAUGUCGGACGUUUCGGGAGGGACGACAAGAUCUUUGGAAAAUUAUUUGAUUACGAGUACACUUAUUACGGAUGAUACUUUCUCUUCGUCAUUCGAUACAGGUGCAAAGCGCAGAAUGUUACUUAAUAGGAUUGCAUGUGUAAAGGGUCACCGAGCGGACAAGAUGAACAGAACAAAGUUUCCUUGCAUUGCUUGUGAAACACAAUUCUGAACAUUUAAAAAUUUGUGCAUACACGAGCGCGCCUAUCGCCAAACAGCCACAGAAAAGUGUAACGUUUGUAACACGAUGUUUUCCACUAAAAGAUUCUUACAGUUUCACAUGCUUGCUACUCAUGCGCCUUCGUGUUCGGUGAACUACAAAUUCUUUUGUAAGUUCUGCGAUCAAGGAUUUGUCAAGAAACAGAGUCUUCAAAUUCACAAACGACACUUACAUAUUGAGCAAGAUUCUAGGCUGGUGCUGAAUUCCGAUUGCGCUGUGGAAGAUAAACCAAUCUGUAAUAUGUCAUUUGUUAUUCGAAUCCUACGAACGUUUAGUCGAGCAUGACACGUAUUAUUACAAGGGCAAUGAUUUUUUAUGCGUAAUAUGUGGUAAAUCGUUUCAAGGAAUGUACAAGUUGGAGCAUUAUCCGGACGAACCAUGGAAAUUGUACCCUUACAAAUGCGAUACUUGUAACGAAAGCUUC